GCCGCACGCGCGUCUGCCUCUGGCAGCGGCUGGCGAUGUGCAACGUGGCCAGCGGGCCGCUCUUCCACCAGAGAGGGAUGGCGGGCCAAUUGACAUUCACAGAGGAUGUCACCAUCAGGACGCCCGAUGGCUUGGUCUACGACGAAAGGCUGCUGGCGGCUGGGAUCGCGGCCGCCGGCACGUGCCGGUUCGGGGGCGCCCCAUCGGCCGCCCGCGGGGCCGCGGGGCUCGCCGCCGCCUUCGCCCAGGCGGACGCCGCCUUCACCCGCCGCCUCCUUGGGGCGCCUGUUCCGCCCGGAAGCACGCUCCUGCCCAUGAGCGGGGGGCGGCGACCUGGGGCGAGGCCCCCCGCUGCUGCGGGCGGGCCGCUGGUGGGGGCCGCCGUUGCUCCUGAUGCCGUUGGUGCCGCGCGGGUCGCCGCGGGACCCGUCUGCCCAGCCGCGGGAGCCGCCGCGGGGCCGCCCCACCUCGGGGUGCUGCCGGCCCCCGCGCUGGCUGCCCCCGCGGCUGGCGCGCCGAUGGCCGCAGGGGCCCCGCCCGCCUUUGGCUCUCCUGCUGGCCCUGGCUGGAAGGAGGACGGCGGCACCCCUCUUGGGGCGAACGGCAAGGCGCCGCCCAGUUCGGCCUGGGUGCUCGCGCAGGACGAGGACUCGCUGCCCUUCGGCUGGGUCGUGAAGGGCCGUUCACGGGCCUCGCGUUGGCGUCGCGGGCUGGCGAAGGGCAGUCGUUACGCUCGCUGGCGGCAUCUCGGCCGUGGCCUGGAGGACUGGCGCCGGGGCAGCUUCCCCGCGAAGUGGCGUGGGUCUGACGCUCGGACUCUGGCUCGCGUCCCUGUCAGUGGCGCCCAGCGCAGCUGGCCCUCAGUGACCGAGUCCGCGCGAGAGGAUCUGGCGACGUUCGACGAGGUUGACGUGGCGAACCUCGUUGGAGCGGAGCGGCUGGUCAGGAAGACGCAGCGGAUCGGGCACUUCUGGGAGGGCCAGCAGCGGGGGCAGGACUCUCCCCAGCAGAGGCUGUCGCAGGAAGAGGUCGGCGCCUUCAUGGGCGGCACGGGAGCUAGCAGCCGCCCGAGCUGCACGGCGCGCCCUGUCUUUCUCGACGCAGUUGGGAAGGGGCUCGAGAGCGUCAGCCAUCUCAGGGAGAACGCCCGCGCGCGGCGGGAAGAGGCGAAGGCUGCCUCCAGGGCCAAGGCUGGCCGGCACGAGCUCGCGCGGCGCGGGGAGACGCGCGCGGCGGGCGGCAUAUGCCAUAUGCACCGCGGCUUGUCGGCAGGCGGUGGAGUCGCUCGGCGGUUUCAGUGGCGCUGGGGGCGCGGCUCGGGACUGCCAGACGACGCGACCUUGGCGCAGCAGCUUUGCCUGGCGCGCGUUGCCGAGUCCGUCUCGCCGCUGCCCCCCCCGGGCGAUCUCCAGCCUUUGGCGGCCCUCCAGGAGCUCCAGGCUGCUCUAUCUUACAACGGCUUGCUGUCGACCAAGACGGAGGCUAUGGACGUUCCCCGGCUCUCGCUGCCACCUUCAGGUAAUCGUCGCGCGGUUCUGGAGCGGCCGCUGGGCCCCGAGGUGUUUGACUGCGUCUAUCGCGAUAUUUCAAGCGAGGUCUUGCCAAAUACGGAAGUCGCGCAGCAGAAAGUGGACGCCGGCUUCCAGAAGCCCUACGUGGACCCCGUUCUUCGCGACCGCCGUCGGCACGCAGCCCUUGUUUUGCGCGUGCUCGACGAUGGAGCCAUCGAUCUUGUCAGCGACCCCGGCGCGGUGAUCGGCGAG